AUGGAAACUAAAACUGCAGAAUUCAAUAAUAUAGGUUUACUGCAAAGAGAACAACUACAAAUUUUAGAGAAAAAAAUUGAAACUGAUGAUUCUGCACAACAGAAUAUCAAGGAGCUUCAUAAUAAAAUCAUAGAGUUAGAAAAAGAUAUUGAAGCUAAAGUCAAUGUUUAUGAAGAAAAGUUAAAUGUUUUAGAUAGCAAAGCUAAGGAAAUGACAAAAAAAGAUAGAGAUGAACUAAAACGGGAAAGAAAUGAUCUGGUGAAAAGAAUUGAAAAUUUGGAAUUAGACCUCAAAAGUGCAGAUCAACUUAGAAGCAAAAAUAAUGAUACUUUGGAAAAAGUUAUAUUAGAAAGAGAUAAUGUUAUUCGGAUGUUAUCUGAAAAAGAAUCCAUAGUUGCAAGUCUGAAAGAAGAUUUAGAAAGACUAAAGCAACAAGCAACACCAGUGUCUGAAUUGCCUAAUGAUGACAUGUCGACAUCAACUAUUUCUAAAGCUGACGAGCAUUCUAGAAUGAAGGACUUAGAUGAAACAUUUGAAGACAAAUAUACAAAAUUAAGAAUUUUUGCUUUGAAACUUAAGAAAAAGUUAAAUGAAGUUACAAUACAGUUGCAAAAUGCAGAACAAGAAAAAAUGCAGCUCCAAAAGUUGCUAGAUAAAAAUGAAAUUAGUAACUACAGUAACUCAAGUUCUGUGAAUAAUAUUGAUGUUACUGAUAACUGCGAUAAAGAUAAAACCACUGAAAAUCAUACUGAAGUUGUGGAACUGCAAGAAAAGCUUAAAUCAUUAACAAAUGCUCUUGAAACUUCCGAAAAGUCUGUUGCUAAAUUGGGAAGUUUAGAGGCGGAAUUACAUAUUAAAAACCAACAGUUAAUUUCUGAAAAAGAACUACACAAGGCCACUAAAGAGCAAUUAGAUAAAGCCCUCAAAGAUGUAAAGAAGAAAAAUGUGCUCAGUCUUGAAAUGGAAGAUUACGAAAGGUCUAUGAAGGAACUCACUGUAAAAAUGGAAGAAAAUAAGAAAAAGAUUGUGCAAAUGGAAUCUACAAUUGACACCCAGGAGGGUACAAUUACUGCUAUGAAAACACAAAUAAAAUUACUAGAAGAACAAAUCAAAACCGAAGAAACUCAAAAUAGGUUAUUAAAAGAAGAAUUACAUCAUAUCACUGAGGAAGGUAAAGAAAAAGACAAUGUAAUUAAUUCUAAGCAAGAUAUUAUAUUAAAAUUAAUGCAAGAUCUUGAAGCUGAGAAAAGGAAAACUGAGGAUUCCGAAUUGGAGAUGACAUCAUUAUUAAGUGAAAAAGAAAAAGUGAUUAUGGCCUUAGGAGAGGAAAAAACAGAAUUGAAUAACAAAAUGAAGAGAUUAGAGUUCAAAUUUGCUGAUAUUAAUGAAAAAUUGAGGAUCACAAAUAUUGAACUAGCCGAUCUUAAGACUGAGUACACUAGUUACAAGGUUAGAGCCCAAGCAGUGUUACGACAGAACCAAACCGUUGAUCACAGCCAAGAAGAGCAGCUUAAAGAAGAGGCGGCUGCACUCGCGGCUCAAUUAGAAAAUCUUAAAGUAAAAUUAGCAACGUUACAAGAACAAUUCGAGGAGCAGCGUAUGGAACUGGAGGCGUCCCGAAAGCGCGCAAACGAGGCUACGAGCGAAUCCGCGCGCGCCCACCAGCGAACCACUCGCCUGCAGGCAGACCUCACUCGUCUGGCGCAGCAGCUGGAGUCGGAGAGGUCGCAGCACAAGUUGCAGGUUUCAACAUUAACUCAGUGCUAUAAAGCCCAAAUAAGCGAGUUAGAGGCUAAACUACAGAAAGAGACAGAGACACUAAAGGCUCAACUCUCAGCUGCUCAGGAUAGUAUAAAGGCGGGCAAAGCUGAUCGUAAUUUAGACAAGUCAUAUACGCUGCCUGUAAUACCUAAGGAUGAGAAUAGCGACGGCGAAAUGGAUAUUAAUGUAUCGUUAAUACCCAGGGAGGAGGGCGAGGGUUCGGAAUCAGCGCCUUCCCCUCCAUUAUCGAAACCCUAUCUGACGAACGUAGGCGGGAGGCGCUCUCCCGUGCCGUUGGAGAGGCUGCUAGAAGAGGGCGUCUCCGAAGACGAUGCAUUGGAAACGUCGUCUCUCUCCCUCACACCAGAGCAGGAAAUAGCCGAGCUGAGACGAAAAGUGCAAGGGCAACAGCAAAGAGUGAAACACGUGACUCUGCUGCUGGCGGAGUCGGAGCGCGAGUGCGCACGGAUGGCGCAGUUGAGCGAGCUGCUCAAGUCCGAGCUGAGGCGGGUGCGCGGCGCAACCGCUCACGCGCACAACACGGAAUACAUGAAGAACGUCACGUUCAAGUUUCUUACUCUACCACCGGGCGACGAACGAACUCGUCUGAUUCCCGUUCUCCAGAAGAUUUUGACCCUGUCUCCGGAGGAAACACAAAAGAUGCAGGCGAUUGCAAGAGGCCAAGAUCCAAGUUCAACUAAAGGCUGGGGAAGUUAUCUGCCAUGGCCCGGAAGCAAG